GUCAAAACAAAACUUCCAAAGUUGUUUUCCAAAUUAAUGAUUUUCCAUUUUUCCAAAACCCCCUAGUAAAAUCCACAAUACAAAUUCAAAAAUCUAUUUUCCGAAUUAAUUCUACACUAUGGAGCUCAGGGACAGUAAUUAUAACAAAAACGAUUACGUUGAAACAGCCUCCGGUAAUAAAGUUUGCAGACAAACGGUCCUCUGUGGUUCCCAAAACAUAAUUUUGCAAGGCAAAGUCAUUGUCCAGGCCGAAGCUAUAAUUAGGGGCGAUUUGGCUAAUGUUAAAACUGGCAGAUAUUGUAUUAUUAGUAGAGAAGCUGUUUUGAGGCCUCCUUCUAAGAAAUUCAGCAAAGUGGUGGCAUUUUUUCCUUUAAGCAUAGGAGAUCAUGUUUUUAUUGGAGAAAGAACUUUAGUCAAUGCAGCUCAGAUAGGAAGCUAUGUUCAUAUAGGCAAAAAUUGUGUAAUUGGCAGAAGGUGUGUCCUCAAAGACUGCUGUGUAAUAGAAGAUAACACAGUUUUGGCUCCCGAGACUGUGGUGCCCCCUUUUGCUAGGUACAGUGGUUCUCCUGCUGUACAAACAGGAGAAUUGCCAGAGUGUCAUGCUGAUUUAAUGAUUGAUUACACUCGGAGUUAUUAUCAACACUUUCAGCCUCUACCAAAAUGAUUUUUGUGAAUCUUUUGCUUAUUUUAAUGGAUUAUUAAUAUUAUUAAUAUUUUAGGUUUGUUUAUGUAAAUUUUGUAUUAAUAUUUUAAGGGCACCUCAUCUUUCUAUUUAAUACUAUACUGAUAGAAAAUAAAGUCAAGUAUUGGCUAAAAAAUAA